UGUCGUCAUCAGACUAUUUUUGUAUUCUCCUAGGUUAAGCCAAAAAUUUUGGUUUUCUCGCGAGUAGCGAAUCGAUGUCGUAACGUGGAGGUAGGGUUUAGACUAAAGAACGAACGAAAUUGCAAAAAUGACGGACCGGAUUCGAAGCAGCAGCUAUCCUAAUUCGAAUCCAGGUGUGAUGGCAAACGAACUAUCGCCUAGAAAAACAAUGUUUAUUUUGGUGAUUGUGGUAGGGUGUUUUGCAGUUUUGUGGCCAAAAGUAUUCUAUCCGAUGCUGGUAGGGUCCCUGAGUCACCAAACCAAGCCUAGCCCCAUCGACAGAAGUACAGGCUGCUGUGACGUAAUCUCUGACAUGGACGUGGAUACCAUCAAGAUAAUGUCGGAAGUGUGCAACACCAUCAUAAAAAAAAAUAGCGAAGACGGCGUCUCGCUCACCGGCAGGGAAAUAAUCGCGAGAUGUCACAGUGCAGUCCUGGAUACAUGCGGGAUAGACAUCUCUGCGGUGCUCCAGGAGCAGGUCAGGCUGGGGCAGACCACCAAGCAGAUUCUGGAUCAGGUGCGCUCAAUGAAUGGCUCACUCUGUCUCAAGUACAACUUUGGGGUGUCACCGUGGAAGCUGGGUGUCCCUCACACCAUCAAGGUGGCGCCUUCCUCUAGUAUCAGGCAAGAGAGGCCAUCACACCUGAGGUCAGAGAUGGUACAUCCAGCAUUCAAAGAGAGAGGCAGGGCCAUACCUCAAACAACCACAUCCCCUCCUUCACGCUUCGUUGCAGCAAAAAGGGUUGUUGAGGGAAGGCCUGGACCAAUCCCUGCUAUGAGGCCAACAAUGGGCGGUCCUGGACAUGUAGUACCUCCUCCAAAACAGGGCACUGGAAGCAUAGGUCUGAUUAUGCCCAUUUAUACCAUUGGUAUCGUUAUUUUCUUCACAUACACAGUCAUGAAGAUCAUAUUCAAAAAACAACCAGAAUCACUGUAUCCACCUGUAGAUCCUGACCCUCGCUUCAGGAAAGAAGUAUUUGAAGCAGAAAGGUGUCACCGGGCCAACAGGGAUGGUGUGUCUAGUAAAUUAGGUGAGCUUUUCUCGAUGUAUCUCAACUCAACUGUAGGCGGAACAUGUUUAAGUAUUCACUGCGAGAUAAGGGAUCAAUUUGAAGGUGAUGUUUUGAGUUGGUGCUGUUAUCGAUCCAGAUUUUGCUUCAGCUUUACACACAUUGAAGAGGUGCUGUAUCUUUUUUAGAGUAGAUAGUACAUCCAAAAUAUAAUAUAACAUCAAAAGCUUAGGUCCCGACAAAAAUUUCUCAAGAGAGUCAGAUUAUGUAGUGUGAACGAAGUACCUUAACUAAAGAUGUAGUAAAUGUAUCUCGGUAACUAGGUAUUUCCGGACCUUUUUAUGUUAUUUUGGGAUCUACCAUCUGCCCUUGAAAUAUUGCCAUUGUUUUUUAACCACCAUGUAUAGUAAAUGUAGAAUUAUUUUAUUUUGAAAUACAUCA